GGAAUUUUUAUCACUACCUUGCGUGCACGGGCUAAAUAUCUAAAACAUCUACCAGGCUAUCGAGACUAUUUCCAGGCCAGAUGCUGGUCUUAAAUAAUAUAAUGCAAUUUAGUCACCCCAUAAAUAUAUUUAGUUAAUAUCCGGCAAGUAGUUACACGUUCAAACCAAAUUGUGAUAAUAUGGUUGGAAGUUUGGCAGUACAUUAGUACACAUGUCUCUGCGAACAAUCACAGAUCCCCUGAUGAACAUAAGAGAAAUGCGCAAGCAACAGCUGCUUCCACGGAACGAGGACUUCAAGGGGCUUGCGGCAUCGCUUGUGAGACUCCAAGACACGUACUCUCUUGACUUACAUGAACUUACUAAAGGAAACAUGCAUACAGAGAUUCCGCGCAACCGAACAAUUGCUGGGCGUCUUCCACUGAGCGCUCUGGACUGCUUGAACAUCAGCCAGGUGGCUCUGAACGAGAGUUUCUACGACCGCGCAGUGGAAUGGGCCGAGCAGGCGAUAACUAAGGCGGCCAACGAAGAACCGCCCACAGUCCCCAAAGAAGAACUGGAUGCCCAUCUAGAGGCGGCCAUCAAACAGCACGAUGAAGUACUGAGUACCAAGGGAGCAACAGGAUACCUAUGGCAGACAUACGGAGUGCCCGUGGAAAAUCGUACGCAUCGUUCCACGGAGUUCAAGACAGAACUCUUCAAGGAGCAGCUGCCGCAUGAUCAGGAGAUGCAGAACUAUAAGCGACUUUGUCGCGGAGAAGUGUUGAGGCUGGAAACGUCUCUAACGUACGAUGUGCCCGGAGUGGAAUCGCCCGCAGUGCGUACCAGCUCAAAGUAA